UAAUAAUCUGUGACGUAACAAACUAUCAUCAGCUAAAAGAUUCCACACACUUAUAUAUCUUGCUUCCGAAUGCUAAUAUCUAUGUCGUUGAUACGUGUCAGAUUAGGAAGAAAUUAUAUAUCUUGAAAAUUAACGAUAAUCAAUUAAGUAUAUGUUUUUAAGCCUCUGACAUCUUGAUACUUCAUAUCUUGAGAUAUUGAGUUGAAGACUUUUGUAACGAUAACAGCACCAGUUUUACACACUGAUAACUAAGGCAAACGACCAGACAUGUAUGCUGAAAUCAACUAAUAUCUAAAUAUCCUGUGAGUAAAGAAAUACAGUACAAUAUUGUACAUUAUUUUAUCGUGUUUCAGUUACCAUAUGCUGGAGAAUACUUGAUAAAUCUGCUUCAUAGAAUUCUUUGAUAAUGAUGCGCAAGGUGAAAGUUCAAGUCCGUCUUAACACUCAGUUCUUUUAUUUCGUUGUUUGACAUAGAAAUUAUUUCUCUGACGCAAAGACGUUUCAGAGAAAAGUGACUCAUCUUUAAAGAAUUGUUAGUUUAUUAAGUCUUUUAUAAACUCACGGAAUACAUAGUUUGUACCUUUUUUCUCGACCUUGCGUCUGUAAAGAAUCAUUAAGUUAUGAUGUUUAUUCCAUUUACCAGGAAAGCAAAGAUACCAUAGAAUCUUGUAAUUUUUUUCAAGGCCCAAAGACUAAUAGCCACGUGUUCCUAUUGCCAGUUCUUCGCCGUAUCAUUAAAUAAUCACAUCGUCGUAUUCGUUUUUUACAGCUACCACAGUUUGCUAGUAAAACCUUGAAAACAAACAUAGCCUUACUUCCAACUCAGUGGAAUUUUCAACUGAAACUGGUGUAUACUUGUGCUGAUUAAUAAUAAAAUUUCAUAUUUAAGUGACAGAUUAACAAUUUCAGUAAAAUUACAUGUCUGGAUAGUACAUGAAAAAAUUCACUCGAUGACGGUAUACUUUAACAUUGACAUUGCGAAAGCAUAGGAAUUAUCAGUACUGAAUAUACCACGUACCCCAAGUAUUAUCUCACAAUUAAUACCAUUGACCCAAUACUAAUUUCAAUCAUGUCAUUUAGAUUACAUAGUACUGAAAGUGAUGGAAAAUGGACUGGAUCACAGUCGCAAUUCAAGUAGUUACAGUAACUGUAUUGCCUAUAUGGAUUUACUUGUGGUUGAACAAGUCUGUUCAAAGGAAACUCGUUACAAAUUCAAUCAUCAGCCACUACACAAUCCCAGGAUGGAAUUUUCAUUUGAAGCGAUGUUGGGCUGAAUAUUGUAUAAACGGUGCGAUAAGGAAAAAAGCUACAAUUAAGAAGAAAUAUGACAUAGUAGUGCCAAAAGAACUGGAAGAACUUAGGAAAUUAAGUGAUGAAGAUAGUUCAGAUAGUAUCCAAUUCUAUGGUAUUGAUCAGAAAGGGAAUUUUGUAUUCAUAAGUUUGACACGGAGAAGACAUCGAACUGCUGAACUAAUACUUCAACUAAGUUUAGCUGAUGGACGCAUGUAUCAACUUCCUAAUCAUCCAGACAGUGUAAUCUUCAACAAUGUAGAUCGUGGAUGGUCUGCUGUAGGAUUAAAGAUUACACCUCUGGAGCCAUGGAGACGGUGGAGAAUAACUUUCAAUGGUUUAUUGAGAAAUGGGAUCAAACGUAAUUAUCGCCAAAAUGAAGGAAAAGUAGAACAUGUUCGUUUCCAUUUUAUAUACACUGCUAGUGCUCCGCCACUGUUAUGGCCAAAAGAUUGGAGUCCUGGUCUACAAGCAGAUGCUCUGGCUAGAGAACCUUGGAAAAAUCCUCAAUGGAUAAAUAUGAUCAAACUUAACAAGACCGGUGGAUUUGACCAAUGGGGAACUUUAGCUGGUCAAUUAAUUUUCGAAGAUUCUUCAAGUACUGAAUUAUAUUUACGUGGGCUACGACAGAGGCGUUGGGGUGUGCACAAACCUGCACAACUACAUAGAACUGUUGACAUUGUCGGUGUAAUGUAUGACGGAGCAAUGUAUUGUUUGGGCGCAGAUAGUUCUAAGGAAGGUUUAACACAUAUGAAAUUCGGACAUAUCAGACAAGCUAACGAUAUAGUAUUCUCCAUUGAUCAGUUGGAUUUUGAUUUAGCUUCUUAUGCUGAACAAAGAGAGAACAUUCCCACUAGAUAUAAAGUCAAUUUCCGAGGGUACGGAAUAGCAUAUUUGUGGUAUAAUUAUAAUGGCCCAAGCCCAUUGAAACCAGUGGGAAAAAUACCUCACCUCCUACCAUCAAAUUUGAAACCGGAAGUUGAUUUGUACACAGUUUCAUUUAAGGACCGAAUUUGUCAAAGCGAGACGGCCGUUGGUGGUAAAGGAUCUUCGAUAGCAUUACUAACGUCUAUCCCACAUAAGGAGUUCAUCGUACCUUUGGGAUUUUGCAUUACCACAGCUGCUCUAAAUCUACAGAUAGAGAAAAAUGAAUCAUUGGCAAAUGCUGUUACUUAUGUUAAAAACGUUAGUGCGGGAAUAUUGAAGGCUGAUUUAAAAGUAGCUUGCGAGAAAGCUGUAGCACUUUUUGAACAAACCCCUAUAAUCGAACCAAUUCAAGCAGCAAUAAGACAAUCUGUCUCACAUCUUGAUUCUGAUCCACAAACUGACUUGAAAAUAUCAGACAAGUUUGAAAGAUUUGCAGUGAGAUCUAGCGCUGUUGGAGAAGACAGUGAAGACACUUCGGCUGCAGGUCAAAAUGCAACUUUCCUUGGAUUGAAAGGCGUUGAAAAUAUCAUUAAAGCAGUUGCAAAAUGCUGGGGUAGUUUAUAUGCAUAUCAAAGUGUAGAAUACAGGAGACAACGUGGUCAACCCAUAAAGGCUGAAAUGGGGGUUUGUGUCCAGCAAAUGGUUAAUGCUGAGACAGCUGGUGUAAUGUUCACAAGACAUCCAACUUCCGGAGACCCUAGAGAAAUUCUUAUAACAGCUAAUUAUGGCCUGGGAGAGAGUGUUGUUUCUGCAAUGAUUGAGCCCGACACAGUAAUUGUUAAGAGAAGUUUGAACAAUGCUUUAGCAGUGAAAGACCUCAAGUUGGGAAAGAAAACUCACAAAGUUUCAAUGACUUCGGACGAGGGCACGGUAACUGAGGAGCUCAAAGACUCUUACCACAACGAAUUAUGUAUUUCGGAAGAAACUGCUUUGAAAUUGAGCAAAUUGGGCAUACAUUUGGAAGCAUUGUUCGGCUCUGCACGUGAUAUUGAAUGGGCUGUUGCACAGGGAAAAAUAUUCUUGCUGCAAGCACGCCCAGUUACAGCUUUGGAUAACUGGUCUGAUUUCGAAAUAAUCCAUGAAUUAGAUUCACCAGUGCCUAGUGAAAUUGAUACUCUAGUAUUUUCUAAUGCUGGGGAAGUUUUUCCAGGAGCUACAUCACCGCUGACAUUGAGUACUGUUGUGCGAUCAAUAGACAGGGCGAUCCUGCUUGAUUCUAAGUUUAAACCGACUCAUUGUUAUUGUGAAACUUUCAUUGGUAUUACAGGAAUGAGAUGCUGCAUUAAUUAUAUGAAUACAAUAUUGCGUGAAGUUGAGUCCAAAAUAUCUUUAAGCAAUAAGAUCAUCGAUAUCGCAAUUUGUGGUCAUGAAGUAACAACCCCAGAGCUUCAUGCUUGGGCUGUGAAAAGAAAUGGAAUUCAGGGAAUAAAGAGUAAACUGAAGUUGUAUAAAGCCAUAAUAAGAGAUACUUGGGUCAAUGGAAACAUAGAACAACUGGCUAAGAAAUUUCACGCAAACUUCAAGUUUGAUGUUGAGUCCUACGUAAGGGCGGAACAUCUUUAUAAAGAUCUCGAUGAUAGUUUAGAGAAAUUGCUUCAGGCAUCAAUAUAUCACGCUCAUACAUCAAAAGUGAGUGUAUUCUGUCAAAUUGUUGCAAUGUCAGUGUUGACAGAAGGUGCUCCAAAUUUGAAUAUCAACCACUAUUCAGAUGUAGGCAUAUUCCUAAGUUCCUGUAGUGAUGUAGUGAGUGCUCAAGUUCCCACAGCUCUACGUAACCUUGCUAAUACAAUAAGGAAUGGUGAAAAAGCUGAAGAAUUUGUUAAGCUAGAUCCAAAGGAAGCUAGAGAUUGGUUAACGCUGAAUUGCACUGCAGCUGCAGUCAUGUUUGAUGAUUUUUUGAAAGAACACGGAUACAGGUGCAUAAGAGAAUUAGAUUUGAUGACUGAAACAUGGGAUAUGAAGCCUGAGAAACUAAUAUCCUCACUUCAAGCAGCCGUAGCAUCAUCAGGAGAGCCACCAGUAUUUAAAGAAUUAAGUGUAGCCGAAACUGUAGAUCGAUUACGCACGCCGAAAAGUCGAGUCACAAAAAAGAUAUUGGAGAUGCUGAUACCACUUAACAGGAGUGCCGUUAGUCGCAGAGAAUUCACAAAAGCUGUUUUAGUUUCCACAGUCAAUGCUUUGAGAUUAGGAUACCAAAAACUUGGUAGACUAAUGGUCGAGGAUGGCCAACUACCUGACAUGAAUUUGAUAUUCUUUCUUACCCAUCAGGAAAUUGGUCUGUUAUUUAUUAGUUCAAAUCCAACAUUAGUGCAAAAAGCGAUAAGAAGACAAAGACUUUAUCCUCACUGUGACAAAAUUCAGUUUCCGGAAGUGAAUAGAGGUGUAUUAAAACCUAUACUGGCAGAGCCCAGUACAAAAAUUCGUGAGGGAGGUGCUCGGGUAUCAGGAACGCCAGUCGGUGGAGGGACAGUCCUAGGUCGUGCUUGCAUUAUCACUAAUAUAAAUGAUGCUGUACAACUGAAACCUGGUGAUAUAUUAAUAACACAGUGCACCGAUAUUGGUUGGAGUCCCUAUUUUCCAAUAUUGGGUGGUGUGGUCACUGAACUUGGAGGUCUCAUUAGUCAUGGAGCUGUUGUAGCGAGAGAAUAUGGUUUACCGUGUAUUGUUGGUGCUGAAGGAGCUACACAAAAAUUUCGUACAGGUGAUAUAGUAUUACUAACUGGAACUACCGGAAUCUUGCAAGUCGUUGAAGAGACAACGUAAAGAUUCAUUUUUCGUGAGUGGAAAUUGUAUGUAUGUACAUAGUUUUACACCAUCCUAAUAAUCUGCAAGUUUUUCUAUGUAUGGGAACCUGUCGCAUAGCAAACAAAUGUAUAUCUAACAGUUCUGUGUCUCUGUAUUUUACAAAAUAUAAAUAAUUAUACUACUAUUUCAAA